AUGGAUAUAGUUAAAGCAGCAAAGAAUAUUAUAGAUCAAAAUUUUUCAAAUGGAAAUGAUGAUCCAUUCUUUAUUUUAAAUCUAGAAGAUGUGAAGAACAAAUUUGAAGUUUGGAGAAAGAAAAUUCCGAGAGUUGUUCCUUUUUAUGCUGUUAAGUGCAAUGAUGAUGAGCGAGUGUUAAAGCUAUUAAAGAACUUAGGUGCAGGUUUUGAUUGUGCAUCGAUGAACGAGUUCACAAAAAUUUUAAAACUAAAUGUUGAGACACAGAAAAUAAUUUAUGCAAAUACAGUAAAGCAAGUGUCACAUUUAAAAUUGGCAGCAGAAAUGAGAAUUGAGAAGAUGACUUUUGAUUGUCCAGCAGAAUUAAUGAAGGUCAAAGAAUAUCAUCCAAAUGCUAAAGUUGUUUUGAGAAUCAGAUUUGACGCUUCAAAUGCAAUAUUUAAUUUAGGACCAAAAUUUGGUUGUAAUCCAGUUACUGAAGCACCAAAAUUAAUUCAAUUGUGUAAAAACAUGAAAAUGAAUCUUAUCGGAAUUGCUUUUCAUGUUGGUUCAGGAACAACUGAUCAUGAAGUAUUUCAAAAAGCUCUAGAAAUGGUUCGUAAAUUGUUUGAUUUUGCUAAAACUUUGGACAUGAAGCUCAACUUUGUUGACAUUGGAGGUGGAUUUUCUGGAAAUGAUAUGAAGCUUUUUGAGUGCUUUGCAAAUUCAAUAAAUUCAGCACUCGAGAAAAAUUUUCCUUCAAAUGAGAUUGAAAUUAUCGCUGAACCAGGAAGAUAUUUUGUAGACACUGCUUUCUCACUAGCAGUACAAGUUAUUCUAAAGAAACAAUCUGAAAAUGAACAAAUGUUUUACUACUUAAAUGAGAGUAUUUUUCUCUCUCUACGCUAUUUUAGAGAUAAGCAAAAUAUUAAUAAUUUCUCGGUUAUCAGAAAGUUGGGAUUUCCUGAUAAUACAAAGAUGAUUUUGUCUACAAUGUGGGGCUGCACGUGCACUUCAAUAGAUAAAAUAUGGGCUGACGUGGAAAUUCCUGAACUUGAAAUAAAUGACUGGCUUGUAUUCAGUAAUAUGGGAGCUUACUCAACUUCAGUAUCCUCGACAUUUAAUGGAUUUUCCAAUAGAAAUAUUUAUAGUUUAGAUGAAAUUUAAAAUUAUUAAAAAAUAUUAAUUUGAAUUAAAUCAAUAUUUAUAAAUAAUGUAAAAUUGAUUAAGUAUUUAUUUCUAUUUGUAGGAAAUAAAUAAAAACUUGAUUUGAUCUUGAAAUGUACGUUUGAAUCAAAAAG